AUGCCGGCAAGGAAAGCAUCGUCCAGGCAGGGCUCUACCAUGUCAAUGACAGCAGUCGAGACCGAAAAGACCGUUGAAGCAGAAGAAGAGUGGGAGACUCUCAGCCAGCUCAAUACGCGCCUCGGAGAGCAGAAGGUCGAGCUGCGAAAGCGGCAACAGGAGGAAGAUGCCGCUAAACUUUUGCUGGCAAAGAAGAAGCUGGCAGCUAGUCAAAUUCAAGGUCGGAGCAUCGUUGCCCGGUCUUAG